UCCGCAGUCCCUUUCCCCAAACUCUCAGCACCUCGUUUCGGUCUAAUCCAAGAGAGACUCGCAAAUGACCCCUUCCGUCUACUGAUCGCCGUCACCUUCCUUAACAAGACCCAUGGCAAGGCAGCAAGACCCAUAUUUGAGCAAGUGAUGGAAACCUAUCCCACACCUCAAGAACUGGCUGCUGCUGAUGCCACCGAGCUCAGCGAAAUGAUCCAUAGUCUAGGUUUCCAGAACCAACGCGCAAGAAAACUCAUCAAGAUCGCCGAAACUUGGGUCUCUGAGCCACCGCAGAAGGGCAAACUGUUCCGUACCAUGGACUAUCCCAACAAAGGCAAUGGCCGCCAACUCAAGCCCAAAGAAACCGUUGACGAAGACGUGGAAAACUGCAUCGAAGCUGGCGCCCUCGAAAUCGCACAUAUCUACGGACUGGGCCCCUACGCCUGGGACUCCUGGCGAAUUUUCUGCCGCGAUGUAUUUCGCGGCGUGGCUUCAGGCUACAACGGCGAAGGUGUUACGGACUACACUCCCCACUCCCAAGCAACUCAUACUUCAGACUUUGAGCCAGAAUGGAAGCGCGUGGUACCGCUUGAUAAAGAACUACGAGCCUGUCUCCGCUGGAUGUGGUUGCGCGAAGGCUGGGAAUGGGAUCCUCUGACCGGCAACAAGAAAAAAGCAGCGCCGGCUCUGAUGCGCGAGGCUUCAGAUGGA